CUGUGUUUGAUUUCAAAGCGCUUCCAAAAUGCUGUCCUAUCAGAAUAUGACAGAGAGACAGCGCGAGUUGUCUGAUCUAGUCAGGAAUGGGAGUAGACAGCUCGAUCUGGCUGAGAGGCAGAUUGGCGAUGAAGAAGCGAAGGCGAUCGCUGAAGCACUCAAAGUGAACAAAGCGGUGAAGCGGCUCCUUCUGUGGGAGAAUCGGAUUGGCGAUGCUGGAGCGCAGGCGAUUGCUGAGGCACUCAAAGUGAACACGACGAUGACUCACCUCUAUCUGCAACGGAAUCAGAUUGGCAAUGCUGGAGCGCAGGCAAUUGCUGAGGCGCUCAAAGUGAACACGACCCUGUCUGAGUUCGAUCUGUGGGGGAAUCAGAUUGGCGAUGUUGGAGCACAAGCGAUUGCUGAAGCACUCAAAGUGAACACGAAGCUGAUCGAGCUCAGUCUGAGUCAGAAUCAGAUUGGCGAUGCUGGAGCGCAGACCAUUGCCGAGGCACUCAAGGUGAACAAGACGCUGACUACGCUCUCUCUGCACAAAAAUCAGAUUGGCGAUGAGGGAGCGCGCGCGAUUGCUGAAGCACUUCAAGACAACAAAAUUCUGAGCUCCCUCUAUUUGAACGAGAAUCAGAUCGGGUAUUACGUGGAAAUAGCUUUGCGUCGGAGUGCUCCAUCGUGCGAAAUAACCAUGCGCGACCAACGCAGACACGAUUCUGUUCGCUGCCGAGAAGUUCGUGUGGUGUUACUUGGCGAUCCCGCUGUUGGGAAGUCAUCACUUGUUCACGGCAUUGCUCAGCAUGAGCGCAAUGCAGUGGUCAGGUUUUUCGCGGGCAGCAACACGAUCAAGACUACCUCUACCGAUGGAAUUGACAUUUCCUCUGUCAUUCUUCGCGAUAAAGAGCCCAUGAUUCUGAACAUUUGGGACUUUGCUGGUCAAGAGCUGUACCUCGCUUCGCAUCAGUUCUUCCUCGGCGAACGUACCGUCUACUUGGCCCUGUUUGACGUUCGCGAAACCAUUUCGCGCAAUUCGCGCCUGGCGUUCUGGCUACGCAGCUUGCUUGCUCGAGUUCCGAACGUCGAUGUCAUUCUUGUCGGCACCCACAUUGACGGCGAAUCAUACACGCCGCAGCGACAACAAGAGCAGCAAGAGAAUCUAGAAGAACUGCUGCACGUUUUCAAGAAAACGCACACCUCUUUCAACAUUCUCUCGACUGUUUACCUCAACGCGAGCACAGCCGCAAGCGCCUCGACCAUGCCGGAGCUCAAAGCGGCAGUGCUCCAGGCAGGUCGAAAGAUGCCAUUUUACAAUUUGGAGAUCGACGGCCGCUACCCGCAGUUCCGUGAUCUGCUGCGUGAUCUCGCGAAUACAAUGGAGGCCGAGAAGAAGUCGCCGCUCCUGCGAUGGAAUGAAGUUGUCAGUUCAUGCAACUUUUGCGUUAUCAAGGAUGGAUCGUUCUUCAUCGCAUGGGUCACGCCGCUGGCGCCGCCUCUGCGACCAGUCCUGUAGUGCAGACGGCCGCCGAGAAUGAUGAACUCGUCAUUAUCAAUCCACAGUGGUUUACGAAAACCGUGUUGACUGGUGUGAUCACUCAGAG